AUGUACACUACGAGCGACGGACUCGACGGCGACGGCGACGGCGGCGGCGACACGGACGACGACGACGGCGGCGCACGAUCGACGGCGUUUGAACGGAUAAUGGCACUGUGCGCUACUAUCACACACGGGGGACACACACGCCGCGCGCGACGAGGAGUCGGUAUUGCGUACGCUCACGCACAGGCGUCGGUGCCAAGGGUCAGCGCAGACCGGGGCGUGACUACGGCGGCGGGCAACGUGCGCGCAGUGCGGCCAAAUCGCUGGCGAAACACUGACGAAAAGCUCGGAGCCGCCGCCGGCAAAAGCUCCUACCCCUGUCCGCCGCCACCACCGUCCUAA